GGCGGGGAGCCGGGCAUGGAGCCCGGAGCCCGGAGCCGCUGGGGCUGCUGCGGCAGAAGGGGGAGGAGACUGGGGAGGAGCUGGGGGGCAGGCUGUCGGGAAGGAGGGGUCUUAAGGGGCGGCAAGCCCAGGUCAGAUUUCCUCGGAGACCUGCUAAGCUCCCACCUUCCCUCCGAGCGCGCUGUAUCCCCCCGCCUGCCCCGCGUCCUCCUGACACCCGCUGGGACCAUGAUGUGGACACGCUGGCUCGUGCUCGCGCUGGUGGCGGUCGCCUGGGUGCAAGCCGAGGAAGAACUAAAGAGCAAGUCUAAGAUCUGUGCCAAUGUGUUCUGUGGAGCUGGCCGGGAAUGUGCAGUCACAGAGAAGGGAGAGCCCACCUGCCUCUGCAUUGAGCAAUGCAAACCUCACAAGAGGCCUGUGUGUGGCAGCAAUGGCAAGACCUACCUCAACCACUGUGAGCUGCAUAGAGAUGCCUGCCUCACAGGGUCCAAAAUCCAGGUCAAUUACGAUGGUCACUGCAAAGAGAAGAAAUCUGUAAGUCCAUCUGCCAGCCCAGUCGUUUGCUAUCAGUCCAACCGUGAUGAGCUCAGGCAUCGCAUCAUCCAGUGGCUGGAAGCAGAGAUCAUUCCAGAUGGCUGGUUCUCCAAAGGCAGCAACUACAGUGAGAUCCUGGACAAGUACUUUAAGAACUUUGAUAAUGGCGAUUCUCGUUUGGACUCCAGUGAAUUCCUGAAAUUUGUGGAGCAGAAUGAAACCGCCAUCAACAUCACCACAUAUGUAGACCAGGAAAAUAACAAACUGCUUAGAAGUCUCUGUGUUGAUGCUCUUAUUGAACUUUCUGAUGAAAAUGCUGACUGGAAACUCAGCUUCCAAGAAUUCCUCAAGUGCCUCAACCCAUCUUUCAACCCUCCAGAGAAGAAAUGUGCUCUGGAGGAUGAAACAUAUGCAGAUGGAGCUGAGACAGAAGUGGACUGUAACCGUUGUGUCUGCGCCUGUGGAAACUGGGUCUGCACAGCCAUGACCUGUGACGGAAAGAAUCAAAAGGGGACCCAGACUCAGACGGAGGAAGAGAUGACCAGAUAUGUCAAGGAGCUCCAAAAGCACCAGGAAACAGCUGAAAAGACCAAGAAAAUGAGCACCAAAGAGAUCUAAUGUGACCUCUGGAAAAAGGGUCUGGAGCCUGGCACCCUCACUUCCACUUCAGUGCUGAGUCCAGUAUCCACAUGUGUCUGCUAUGACCACCAAAUCACCAGUAUUUGCUUGUAUAGCAGCAAGUUUUGUUUUGUCUAAUUGGUAUUUUUUUUAUUUGUUUGUUUUUGCAAUAAAGGAAAUGGGGUGGCCAGCUGGGAAGCUGGAAAGGGCCUUAACCUUCAUUUCUAGGAGUGCUUUGAGAGAAACUGUAAAUGGUUCUCGGGAGGCUGGAGUUCAGGAAAGAAACUGCAUCGGGGUUGGGAGAAGAGUAGAUCCAAAUCUGAACCACUUCAGGGUCUGCCUCAAUUAUAAACACACUGUGGGGAGUGAAGGUUAUGGCAGAGUGAACUUAACUAGCUGUUGUCAGAGGGUUUGAGGGAGUGUAAUGAAGAAUGCAUUCUGCUUCCACUCUUCCUGAUGUCAUCAAUGGAGCAGACCUCCAGUAUCUAUGCUUUUCAUAGCUGCUGCCUCUAGAUAGACACCCAUCCUGCUAGCAACCCAGCAUCCCUAAAACUUGAUAGAGUUUCUGACAUGCUGCACCCAAAUGAUGCAGGUAUACACUUCGAGCCCUUUAGAGACCUGAUUUUUUUUUUUUAAUAUUCUUAACCAAAGGUGCUAUUUUUCUGUAAAACUUUUUUUUUGGCAAGUUAACUUCAUUUUCCAACUAUUGUCAUUAUAUUAUUGUUGUUCUUUUUAAUAUGUUCUUCUUGACAAGAAACAAAGCAUUUGUAAUGAGUUUUCUGCAGUCCUACCAUUUCAAAGAUGGGAGAGUUUGGUGUUCUUCCCACUGCAGGGAUAGCUGUAACCUAGACUCACCUGCACAUACUAGAUGCAGCCCAGAGUUUGCCAACCCUUCCUGGCUUCCAACUUAAUUGUUCUAUCAGAGGAGUACUAGAUGCCAGACAAGCUAGGGAGAGAAAAAAGAAUCUUCAUACAAAGCUUUCAAGAUCCAGGAAGUCCAUUUGUUUUCAUUUAUUCUGGUAAGCUUUUUCAAAUCAGUAUUCCAGAGUAUGGAGACAAAUGCAGCUAAGCAAACCUUAGAUAUUCCAGCCUACUUAACCCAUUACUCAUCAGGACUUUGACCCUGUUUCUUUCUGUUUCAGAGCUUCAGUUUCCUCAGUAAGCAGGUAGGAAUUCAUUAACUUUUCAGUUUGAUAAAUUAUAAAUUUUAUGUUUCCAGAGGAAACAAGUUCCUAUGAUUUUUUUUUUCUAUCUUUUCCUUUGGAUGAAUGAAACCAUGUUAUUACAAAAAAAGUCAGACUGUCCGAGGAUGGCAUUUGACAGUGGGUAGACAGAACCCUCUCAGGUAAAGCCUGCACAGAAAAAGUGGAGGAUAGAACCACUCCAUUUUGCUUUCACUUUUGCAUUUCAUGUUUUCCCUCUCCUUAGAAAUAGUAGUGGCAUUCCCUCUAGCAAGGAAAACAAAAGAUUUCAUACUUCAAGGGAAAGAAAAUGGGUAACUAACUCUUAAAAGUGCUGGGGGGAAAGUCAGUCAGCCACUCCUUUGUCUUUUUACCUCUGUGAUCAUUAAUUCCAUUUAAUAUCAUGCUUAAGAUAUAUUUGGAAAAGCAGAUUAAAAACUUGACCUACUAUCUCAUUUUCAGAAAGCAGAUUACAGACCACCAGAGGGAUAUUGAUUGGUUUGUAUCUCACGGGCAACUGUGAGAAAGUUGUGCUGAGAAUGAAAUUCCUUCUAAAUAAGUCUCCUUGUACUUCUUUGAAGAAAAAAAAAAAAGAAGAACAUUCCACUUUGUGUACACAUCUGAGUUUUAAUAAGUCAACCCAGUUAAACUUUCUUUAAAUUCCACUUGUGCAGCUUGAACUGGAUCGUCCUGUCCAAGUGCCUUGGAGAACUCUUCAUAGUAUGCCUUGGUCAAGUUUUGCCACCCUUUGGAUGCUGCAGGGGGGGAUGCAGAUGUAGCAUCAGUUGGUUAAUACAAGAAACACGGAUGCUUCUUCACCAAUUAUAUUUAGGGCAGUAGUAGCUAAGACUAUCCUACCCUGCAACAUUGAAUUCCCAAGAACAAAUUUACAUUCUUUCUGUAAAUAGGGAAACUGUUGUCUGCACUAUAGAAUCACUGGUCUGACGACCAUUUAUGGUAAGCUGCUAAACAGCCUAGUGUGGGGGAUUUUCUGGAGCUUUAAGUGAAGCAAACAAGUCUAAACUGGGUUCUGGUCCUUCAGCUCUUUAAAAGCAUGGGGCUUAAACUGCAAGCUUCCUUGGGCUUUCUCUGUGUGCAAAUGGUUUUAAAAACAUUACAGCACCUGCUAAAAGUCAGUGUCCAUGGAAACCUAAUGUUAUGACUCUGGACUCCAUCACUAUUUUUGUAAAGCAGGCUCCUCCACCUGCUAAUAAGCCCAUAUGUACUGAAUUUUUUUUUUCUUUACAUUUGUGUUCCUAAAUAGUCCUAUUUCAAGAAGUAAUUUGAACAGGUUUCUGUUGCAUAUAUGUUUGUGAAAUAUAUUUAGCAGGCUUCCCUAUUGCAUUUAAUUGUCUUUGUAAUUCCUGGGAUUUUUUUGGAUUCUAUUAAUAAAGAAAUUAAAAUAAUA